AUGAGCAAUGAUUCGCUCAUUUUCGUUCACAAAGCACUGCAAGAUGACCAACAAGUGACUCGAUUAGUUGCUAUUCGUAACUCUGACGGUGACUGUUUGCUUCUUGUCAUGGCCCAAGGCAAUACAAUGAAUUUAAUUGAUCCAAAAUCUUUUGAAAUCACAGAAAAAUAUCCAUUCAUGUCUCCAAUUGUUGGUUUAGAAGCAUUAGAGACUGAAUCUCCUUCUGUUUUUGUUCUUUUACGAAAUUUACAUUGGUACAUUUUCCAACUUCCAGAACUAAUCGCAGCAGGAUCAUUCCACACACCAAAUCUUGUUAAAGAUCGAAGAUUCUUACUUCCUGUUGAAAAUUACGCCGAAAAUGGCUCAACUUGCCAAAAUCCAAUCUCAACUGCAGCAAUUCGCUUUAUUGAAAACAAAAUUCCAAUCGCAAUUCAUCCGCAAUACAUAGCUGUUCAUAUUGUUCAUAACUGCAUACACAUUAUUCCGAUAAAACAACCUAAUAAUAUAAUAAUUCUCAAAAUAAACUAUCCAAAUAUCGUAGAUAUAGCAUUUAUCGGUCCAGUUAACUACAGUACUCGACUUGCGAUACUUUGCGACCCAGAAUUCAGCAGAAAAGAUUAUGGUGAUGAAAAAGUCGCCAAACAGCGCGUUUUUGUUGUUUAUAGUCUACAGCGUGGCACUACAGAGUUCAAGCAAGAGUUUUCUCUUGAUGUCAAGCCAGAUUCCCAUACAAUUCUUCCAUUAUCUCCUGCUCGCGAGUCCUCGGCCAUUGUAUUCACUCUUGAUGGUGUUAUCCGUAUCACAGCACCAGAAGGACUCAACCAGGAUGUCGAGCACAUCACAUUAUUCCUUGAAGGCCUUGUUUUGCUCUGCGAACACUAUUCUGAAGAUAUCUACUUCCUCGGUGAUUCAAAUGGCGGUUUGGUCGUGGCCCUACUUCCUACAGAAGGCCGACCAUCAUCACUCAAGCUCAAAUACACAGGACCUUUAUCAUCAAUCGUGACAAUUGAUAAAUCCCAUUUUUCAGUGUCAAACACUUUCGGAGACACAACUUUCUUCUACGCAGAGUUCGGAGACAACGUAAGGAAGAUUGAGCCGAUAAAGACGAUAGAAGCUACAGGCACUGUCAGAUCUUUGACAACUUUACAAAGUGGUGAUGUGAGAAUGCUGGCAGGAAGAGGAAUUGCCGCAAAGAUGAUGACAUUCCACAUGUCUAUGGAAUGCGAGAAAAUUUGCUCCUUCAAUUUGGAUGGUUGUUUGUCAGUUUUUCUAUCGUCAUUGGUAUCUGACAAAGACCAAUUUUUGUUGGUAAUGUCAUUCCUCGAUAGAACAAUGAUCUGUCAAACUGACGGUUUAUCGUUCAAACCGAUAACCGUUGACGGUUUUAUUGAAAAUGAACCAACGAUAUUAUUCACUGAUAUAGACAAUUCCAAGUUGAUCCAAGUAACUUCAAAACAUGUGUCACUUUUUACUAAAGAAAAAGUGACAAUACAAUUAGAGUUUGAAGGCAUUUCAUGUGCAAGCUGUGUAGAGAAUAAUCUACUUGUUUGUGAUACAUCAAACACAGUUGUUCAAUUUGAAAUAACGGACAGGAUCAAUGAAAUCAAGAAAUUUACAAUUAAUGAUCCAAUUUUAUUCUGUUCUAUUUCAGAGAAUGGAAACAUUGCUUUAAUUACAACGAGAUGCGAAGUUUUACUUUACAUGGCAAAUUCUGAUUCACCACUUCACUUCAGUCCAUUAGAAAUUGAUAGAGAAAGUCCUUCUUCUCUCAUUGUUUUGGACAAAGAAAACAAAACAGAAUUAUAUAUAGGAACUUAUGAUGGUAAUUUAAUAAAAGUGACAAAAGAUUCAAAGACAUCAGAAAAAGUCGGUGAUACUUUUGUUAAAUUAACACUUUAUAAGAAUACUAUAUAUGGAUCAACAACAACACCUUUUUUACUAACAAAAGAUGAAAUUUUGACAUCAAUCGGAUGCGAUGAAUGCACUGAAAUUUCUGUUUGUAAAGAUAUAAUCGUAACUUUACAUAACAACAAAUUACAGACAUUUAGAUGCAACGGUGGAAGAAGAGGUUACUCAAAAUUGGACUUCACUUCACCUGAUGCUGUUGAUGCGAAAUUUUUCUCACCAUCAAAAUGCGUUGUUUUGGAAGAUGUUAUUGACAAAACAAUUCAAACAGCAAAAGAAAAUCUGACACUUUACAAAAACGGUAAAAAAGUUUUAUCAUUGCCGUCAGAAACAGGCAGAGUGUCACUUUUCGAUAUGAUAGAAUUGAAUGGAAAAUCAUUAAUUAUAUUAGGACUUGACAAUUGUUCCAUUCGUUUAUUUGAUGAAUCCAUGAGUGAAUGUUGUAUUCCACAGAAAACAAGUGGAAUUCCAACCGCCGCAAUUGUUUGUAAUUCGAUGUUAGUUGUUGCUGAAGGAAAACAGUUGUCUUUGUACAACCCACAGUUCCUUCAUACUACAAUAGAACUCGACAGAGUCUGUUUGAUUCCUGCUCACGUGUUGGCAACGUCUAUGGAUGUUUGCAACGAUUAUUUGAUCGUUGGUGAUGCGAUCAAAUCAAUUUCAGUUUACAAAAUAACAAACGAUAGCAUUACUUUGGUCGGAGGAGACCCUCAAUGCAAAGGAAUAUGCAGAGUUUGUUGUUUCAGGAAUUUCAUAUUUGCUUCCACUUAUAAUUCGUGUCUUUACUUGUUCGAAAUGAACGAAAAAGGUGAAGUAAACGAAAUCUCUGGAAUUAUGACAGAUUCAAUGGUUUCGGUUAUUAAAAGUGACAGCAAAGGAUUGAUAUAUGGUACUGAAUGCGGUGGUGUCUACAGAGUUGAUUUCUGCGAAUCGAAUGUUCUUCUGAAACUCAGAGAUAUCUUUGAGAAUGAAAAGAUUAAUUUCUGCGCAAGAAGAAACAUAGAAAAUAGAGUCAGAUUCGACGUGGAAGAUCCAUUUGUAGAUUUGGACAAUAUUGCAAUCCUUGGAAGAUUGCAACAACAGAAGUUUGAGAACUUGCUUGAAAGCGCUGGUUGCUCAAAAGAAGAAUAUAAUAAUUUAAUAUCUAAUUUGUAA